AUGGCAAAUGAAUCGGUUUUUUCUCUUCGUUCGUACCUUGAGGAAGUUGAAAGGAUUUGUAGAUCCCUUACAGCAAUGGGGAGAGUUGAAGAUGAGUCUAUAGUUAUGAUGGCAAUAAAAAAUAAGUUGCCAAAAAAUAUUGUUUUAGAAUUAUUAAAAAAGGAAAAAGAAGCAAGAGCGACUUGGAAUGUUGAUGAAUUAAGAAAAGGGUUAGAAGAGAUAGUAGCUCUUAGAGAAGAAGCGCAAAGGUGCGUUCAAACAUUUUCUAAAAAUAUUAAUUAUAACCAACAGAGGGUUGGGAACAAUUGGAAUAAUAAUAGAAGUUUUAAUCAGAAGCGAGCUAAUUUUAAAAGAGAAAAUUUUGAUCGUGUGUUUACUGUACAAUCAGGUGAUUAUAAAGCAAGAAACAAUAGAAAGUUUGAAAUUUCUUGCUAUUUUUGUCAUGGAGCUCACCACGCAGAAAGAUGCGAAAAAGUGAAAGCGAUAUAUAUUAGGACAAAAAUGCUUACAGAGCAAAAUCGAUGUUUGCUUUGCUUAAGGAAGGGCCAUACAGUGACGAACUGUGUCACUAGAAUUGAGUGCAAUAUUUGUAGAGGACGUCAUAAUAAAUUGAUCUGUCCAAAUUUAUAUAAAAAGGUAAUAAAUGGAAAAGAAUUUAAAAAAGUUGAGCAGGUAAAUCAAGUAGAGACUUCGGAAAAUCUACUUACUAUAGUAGAAAAACCGAAGGAAGUUGCAUUAAUGCAAAGUAAUAUGGUUUUAUCCAAUUCAGUAAUUAAUAAAAAGUGCAAUUCGGUUGGCUUAUUUGAUACAGGAGCCACUAUUAAUUUUAUUACCGAAGAGAAAGUGAAAGAAUUGAAUUUAAAAAAGAUAGGAGAAAAGGAACUAGGAAUUAUCCCGUUUUCUCAUAAAGAACCUAUAAGAAUUAAAUCAGCAAAGUUUUUAUUUGAAAUUAUUCUCGAAGAUGGAAGUAGAGAAGAAAUUAUUGCAUAUAAAAUUAAAAAAGAAAUAAUGCCAAAUAUAAAGUGUGCUAAUUUAGAAAAUGGUCAAAUUCGAACUUCUGAAAAAGUGCCCGACGUUUUAAUAGGAAUAAAGCACUUUUGGAAAUUUUUCCGCAGUUUGGUACCGUUAUCAGAUAGUUUGUUUAAGGUUGACACUUCUGUCGGUACAAUUAUUUGUGGAGAGCUUGAAGGCGAAUUAAAUGGAAUUUUAUCAAAAAAGAAAAAUAAUAAAGGUGUGCCAAUAUUAAAUAUAGACUCUGAUGAAAAAUUAAAUAAUUUUUGGAGUUUGGAAACCAUAGGAGUUAAGGAUGACCCGACAACCAAAGAUGAUCAGGUUGCAAUGGAUUUUUUUAAAAAGACUAUAAAGCGUUCUCCAAAUGGUCGAUAUAUUGUAAAAUGGCCAUGGAAAGAAGAAAGAGAAAAUUUACCUUCCAAUUUUUCUUUAGCCUAUAGGCGUUUUGUGGGUUUAAUUGAAAGACUUAAAAAGAACCCAGAUUUAAUGCUUGAAUACGAGAAAAUAAUUGAAAAUGACAUAAAAAGAGGAGUUUUAGAAAAUGCUGAUCGAAACAAAGGAUCAAUAGAGCAUUUCCUCCCUCACCAUCCUGUCAUCACUACGAAAAAAGUGAGAAUAGUGUACGACGCGUCUGCCAAAAUAAGAGGAGGAAAAAGCUUAAAUGAAUUGUUAUAUCGCGGUCCAAUAAUAAUGCCAGAAUUAGCUGGAAUGUUAAUUAGAUUUAGGCUUCCAGAAAUUGCCAUUUGGGCAGAUAUUGAAAAAGCGUUUCAUUGUUUAGAGCUUGAUCCAGAAGAUCGAGAGAGAACAUUAAAUAUUUACGAUUUUCAAAGGUCCCUUUCGGUGUAA